UCCUUGUUCAACUUCUUCCACCCCUACCCUACCACUUCUUCUCAUGCAGUCGAUGCACAUGCAGAUUCCUUCCAUAUAAUAUUCUGCUCCCAUCAGUUCAUUAUAUCUAAACCAGUCUCCAGACGAGAACUCGAGAUUUGACAUACGUUUUUUACGCCAUUACAACCCUACCUACAUCCUCUGACCGGUCUUCUUGACGUCUAGUGGCGUAGAUAAAAGAAAGAAUUUGUGAAGCAAACUUCUCGAGGGAGAAGAAAAAAAAUAUUACUGGAGGAAAGGAAAGGCACUGCCUGCCGCCACAACACCUGACGCUUGCUCUCUCGCUCCAGCAUCUUGCUAGCUUAAGAUCAAGCGCUAAGUGUUGUGUCAGCUAGUCGUAAGAUCGAUACUAAGUUGUGAAGCAAUGGUCCUAACAAAGCAGAGAUCACCCCGAAACCCGGAUGACUUCCCGACAGUUCAGCUUUUUCUAUUAGCUAUCGUUCGCCUAGCUGAGCCUAUCGCUCUAACCUCCAUCUUCCCAUAUGCCUGGGCCCUUGUUAAACGAUUCAAAAUCGGCAACGAGCAAGAUGCCUCGUUCUACGCCGGUCUCCUCAUUUCCUCCUUCUCGCUCGCUGAGGCCUUGAUGGGCAUGUUUUGGGGCGGCCUGUCUGACAGAGUCGGUCGAAAGCCUGUCCUUCUAGUAGGAUGUCUUGGCACGAUGUUCAGCAUGGUCAUGGUUGGCUUUGCUACUAACAUCUGGGUUGCCUUGAUCGGUCGAGCACUCGGCGGACUUCUUAAUGGAAAUAUCGGCGUAAUCCAAACAAUGGUUGGAGAAUUGGUCAGCAAACCCGAGCAUGAGCCCCGCGCCUAUUCUGUGAUGCCGUUCGUUUGGUCCAUUGGAACAAUCAUCGGCCCAGCAAUUGGUGGGAUGUUGGCAGAUCCCCACGAGACUUGGCCAAGCACCUUUCCAACAGGCACUCUAUUUGCUGAUUUCCCCUAUCUCCUCCCCAAUAUUUGCUGUGCUGCCCUUCUAUUAAUUAGUAUUUGCCUGGGAUAUUUCCUGCUCGAGGAGACGCAUCCUGAUAUGAUACCGCGAGUUAUGCUUCCCGAUGACACUUAUGUUUCCGACGAAACACCUCUUAUGGAGACCUCCGAUGCCAUCAAGCAGCCAGCUGUCGAUCUACGCUCCGAAACCUACGGAACUUUCCGGGGUAGUGUCGAAUUGAACCGUGAUGCGGUUUGUGUAAAAGAACCAGAGAAGAAGGAGCACUUCAACAUCUUUACUAAGCGUAUCAUGGCUCUGGUCAUCGCACUCUCAAUUUUUACGUAUCAUUCGAUGACUUACGACCAUCUUUUGCCAAUCUUCUUCGAAGAUGAGAGAGUUCCAAUUGACCAAAUUCCGGAUGAGAGUUUCCUAUCAAAGUUUAACCCUUUGUACUCGCCUGGUGGCUUAGGCCUUUCGAUGCAGUCCGUGGGGUUCGUGAUGGCAAUAAACGGCGCUAUUGCACUAUUUAUCCAGGUCGUCGUAUUCCCUCUGGCAGCCGAGAAGAUUGGUAUCUAUAGGCUCUUCGUCCUUGUCGCUGUCCUACACCCGCUUGUCUACGUCAUCGUCCCAACGUUAGUACAUCUACCGGAGUCUCUUCUAUAUCCCGGAAUCUACUUUUGCUUAACUAUUCGGAACAUAUUCUCGAUUAUCAUAUACCCUCUCCUCCUCAUCCUUAUUAAGGAGGCCACUCCUAGCUCGUCUAUUCUCGGAAAGGUGAACGGACUUGCAGCUAGCGCUGGUGCUGCCUGUCGUAUGAUUGCUCCACCCGUUGCUGGAUAUCUCUAUUCGAUUGGGUCACAAAUUGACUGCACUGGCCUUGCUUGGUACGGGAGUGCUGUUGUUGCCAUAAUCGGCGCAUUUCAGUGCUUUUCGGUCAAACGAACCCAAAAUGAAACCGCCACCGAAGAGGCUGGAAUGAGCCCUAAGGGACAUCGUGGCUUGGUGACGGUUAUGGAGGUGAACAACGAUGAACAAGAGGGCGAAUUGGCAGAGCCAUAAAUGAUGGCGUUGCUAAAUACUCGGUCAUGAGCAAUGGGAUGGCCGUUUGCCGACUAUCCGGAUGAACUUUUGAUGAAUCAUGGUCCAUUUAUGUAGAUGUUGAUGGUUACAGGAACAAAUUUUGCGGGUUCUGGCGUUACAUGUGUGUAUUUGUUUGGCGUUCAGGGGCAGGUCUGGAAAAAAACGGGUUGGAGUUUUGUACCUAUGCAACGAUAUCCUCCAACGCGCCCAUGGAUAGAAUAUGGUUUACGUUAUAUAUCCUUGCUGCAUGUUAGGUUUUCAGCGAGGUAGCAUGUCUGCAUAGUUGAGUUACUUAGCAUAUCACGACAAUCGUUAAACUACCUACUACGAGGUAGAUAAUAAUAUAAUAUAUUCAAAUUUAGAUA